AUGACUGAAGGUUUCCGGAGUCGACGUCAACGUAUAUGCUCCUGGUGCUCGAAGACAUUCACAAAGGAUGAGCACCUGGCCCGUCAUUCGUCAGUACGUAUUGUGACUUGGUUAUAUACGGUUGACACUGACGGAGUCUCUAGUGACUCUCUUCUCCGUCAUUCAAGAUCUCACCAAUCACCUCGUCUUCCCGAGACUAAAGCGGCUCACAAUGAGAGAGAUGGUGCCAUGCAAUCAAUAACUCACAGCGAAAAUGAGCAAAUCUCCCCGUCCAACCACAACUACUCAAUAGAGGGCCAUGAGUCCUCUACGCCUUCCCGUCAAAUAUCCUCCAUUGAACCAAGAUGUCCCAGAGGUUUUGACUUACGGUCAACGUCACAUUCACUUGCCAACCCGGCACAGCAACGGACAACGCUCAUUUCGAACAUUGGAGAACUGACCCAGACACAUCCAGACAGAGUGGCUGGUUUCCCGACCUCAGGAUCCCAGCCCAACCCCGAAGAGCCAGAGCCACACCUGGAUGCUCCCAGUCAAGAUGAAUCAUGGAUCUUUGGGAAUGAAAAUACCGAAAUACCAGCGUGGUUUGCUGACGACGAUUUUGAUCUCACUGCUCUCAAUUCAGAGAUCAUGACGUCAACCGCCCAGUGGCUUCCUCUUGGAAUUGCAAGCCAAUGGCGUCAAGAACCUUUGAUAAAAACCCCCGGACAGAAUACAGGAGACAUGUUUCCAUGUCGCGAAGAUCUGGUACAAAAGCAUUGGUACACGUUUAUGGGGACGUCGCGAACGGGACAAAUCACACCAGACAUGGACAUGGAGCCGAGGGAGGUGGACGAGGCAUACCGAGCUAGCCUGGCCGUAAAGCUCCAGCCUCACAUACCCUUUCUUCCCCUGCCAUCGACUGACUUUCUGAAUCUUUGCGUUCAAAUGUACUUUACGAAAUUCCAUUGUGUUUUUCCUAUUGUGCACGCUCCAACUUUCAGACCUUCUUCGAAAAGUUCACUCCUCUUGCUAUCCAUUUGCUCCGUUGGAAGUCUGUUUGUGGGAUCCUCACAUGCUGCAUCUCAAGGGCUGAGAAUCUUUGAGACCCUCAAUAAGGCAAUAUUGUCAUCGUGGGAGAGACACUUCUCGAAGCAAGGUCCUGAGAAAAUUGCCAUGAUCCAGGCGGCUCUCAUAGGGCAGACAUUUGGUCUACUAUCGGGGAGACAAAAGGAUUUGUUUAUAGCGGAGACAUUUCACGGUACUUUGGUCGUCCAGUGGGCCAGGAGAGCAACCACACCGAAAAGCAAAAAGGCACUGGAAUUUAUAAGCUUGAGUGAAGUAUUGGAUACCCCAGAGAAGGCCUGGAAGAAGUGGAUUCAGGCAGAGGAACUGAAUCGAUUACUUGCAGGAAUUCACGUUCACGAUGUCGAAAUCGCGGAAUUGUUUCUCACGAAUCCAUACCUGCGACAUUCACCGAAAAAUAUGCCACCGUUAUCCGAUGACGACCUUUGGGCUGCAACAACCGUAGAGGAGUGGAGCCAAAAGAUGAUGAGCCGCUUAUCCAGAUCGAACAACCAUAGCUAUGGAACUUACUUGCACCUUCCGGAGACAGUUGUCAACCUUGCCGCGCUAUCUUCGUCCACCCCUAUAAGAAGUGAUUUUCAUAAUUAUCUCGAGCUCGAGGGGCUUGCUGCGUCAGCCAUCGAGGCGAAGAACACUCACGAUGUGAAUGAACGAAAGUCCUUUGAGAAUAUCUUGGUUGAUUACCACAAAUCGUACAUCGGCCCUAACAGAGAACUCAAAAUGGACUCCUUUUGUCUAUCGGCUCUAUGGCACUCGAUAUUCUUCUCUUUGUAUGCCGAUAUAAAUCGAUUAGAACUGGUAAUCGGCAAAGAAGGAUUCAUCGAGGCACAAAACCAUGUAGAGCACGUCCGCUCGUGGGCAUCAUCCCCGGACGGCCAAUGUUGCGCUCUUCAUGCUGCACUUAUACUCCGCGAGCUAGAGAAGCUAAAAAUCGGGACCGAGCCCCCUAUACACGUCCCACGAAUCAUAUUUCGCGCAGCAUUGAUUUGGUUCUGCUAUACAUGCUUCGGAACAGACACAACAGACUCGCGGCAGACUAUGCAACAUCCCGCACUACAGAAAAUUGGCGUUAAUUGUCAAAGCCUCUCAUUUGAAGCGAAUGGCUUCAAGGCUUCACGCCCGACGACAUCAGAGUCAAGCACAGUCUCUGGACUGGUGGAUAUUUUGUCGAGAGUUGGACAUUGGGGAAUCUCGCAAUUGAUGUGGUCAAUUUUGAAUCUACUGGUUCCUGAUGUCAAGGAUGAUGAGAGAUAUGUACGGUGA